GUCAGCCAUGACAGCUGAGUUGUUCAUGCUGACGUGAAGAUUAUGACAUUUUUUCGUUAACAGAACAAAUGGCAGAUUCUUUUUUUGGAUUUAACACGUCCUUAUCAGGCUAUUUAGAUGAAGAACUGCCUGAUGGACCGGGACCAGAGUUGGAAGAUGAAGAAGAGGAAUAUGAUGCUCUCAAUGAUGAAACGUUUGGUGCUGAUGCACUUGCAGAAGGAGACUGGGAAGAAGACCAUGAGAAACUGGCAGAACUGGCUGAACAGUCUAGACUCGCUAUUCAUGGAAGUGAGGGUGCAGCAACAGGGCCUAUAUCGUCGACACCUCGACACAACCAGCCCCUGUCUCGCACACAAUCGCUUCCUCAUUCUGAUUCCUCAGAAGACUUUGAUCUUGAGGCUAGAGUUGCCCAUCUUAUGCUUGAAGAGGAAGAUGAAGGUGAUCUAGGAACAGAUGAUGUUGUCCUAGAGAAUGGAGACCUAGAUGCACCAGAAUCUCAUCAACACAAUAAUCAUUUAGAGAAUGUUGCAAACUUUCCUAAAGUUGCAGACUUGGGUGCUUUCAAUAAUAUGUCUCCAUCAAGUUUCUCCAUGUGGGGUGUUGGAAAGUUGGAUGGUCUCACAUUUCAAACAGCUACCACCACUGUUUCCCCAAAACCACUGCCAGGGGGGAAGAGUGUGUGCACAGUGGAAGAACUUGAGCGAGGUCUCAUCCAGCAGUCGGCAGUGUCUUCAGCUUCUAGCCAACCACCUCCACCAGCAGCUGUGCUGCGUGUUGAAGACAUCGAGCGGGAGCUUACUAUGUCAUCUGGACACAGUAAUAGCAGUGGCAGCAGUGCAGGACACUCGUCUGUUACUACUACUACUACUACUAGUCCUGCUGCUGGGCCAAUUCCUCAGCCUACUAGCCCUCCUCAGAUUCCACAGUUUCCACCUCCUCCAAUAACUGCGCAGUCUCAGGAAGCUGUUCGUGGUACCCAGACAACUCUAGGGCGGGGCAUAAGUUUCCCCCCACCAGUGUUAGGACUCACUCGAGCAGCAAGUCAUCCGAAUGGCCCUUUUGUGGUGCCUCCACCGAGAGUAGUUGCACCACCUCCUGCCCAACCACCGCCUGGUAUCCACCCAGUGCUGUUGCACCAGGCGAACCACCGACUAGGUUCAAAUCCAAACCUCUUAAGGUUCAUACCUCCACAUUUAAUGGGCCAUCCUGGUACUGUUGGGAAAAGCCUACAAGUCUUUCCAGGUGAUAAUGGAUUGCUGAGAAACGUGCCACACAGGGGGCCAAAUGUUCAAUUUCGUCCAGGGUUUCCUAUGGGGGACCAUAUGUGGCAGCAGCAACAGAAUCAACACUUACAGCAACAGAAUCACCCACACCACCCAAUGCAUCACCACCCACUCCAUAUCCAACAGCAACAGUUACAGCAGCAGAGGUUGCGGGCAGUGGGGAAGGCUGUCAACCACAGACAGCAUUACAAUCAUCAGCAGCAGAAUGGUGUGGUGGAUGAAUAUGCUGGUCUCAUGAGCCAGCGUGAACGGCAGUGGUUGCUUGGCAUUCAAAUGCUGCAGCUUAACACUAACACGCCACACAUAGAUGAUUAUUAUUAUACUGUAUUUAUGUCCCGCCAACUGAAAAAUGAGCAGAAAGAUGGCAGUGUCCUUAUUGCUGCUCAACAACACCACCAGCAGCUGCAGCGGCAAAGGGAGCGCAGGGAUAGUCAGCGGUCGGAAGGAGGCCAGUCCUCACUCCAACAGCCCCGGGUCUACACUCCCGCUCAGUUUGAGAACUCACUUGGCAAACUUCAGGUUGGAAGUGUCACUGCACCAAGGAAGAUAAUUGAUAUGGACAUCAUGAACACAGAUACCAGUGAUGCAGUAUUGCCACCACAGCAGAAGGACUUGAGGAAAACUAAGCAGCUUCUUUUGGAAAUAGAAAGGCUGUACAUGUUAAUACUUCAAGUGGAAGAUCUGAAGAGCGACAUACCAGAAAUACGGGAAGCAGUGACAGAAAAUAGAGAAGACCUCCUGCGCAAAAUAGUCUCUGCAGUCCUGCUGGGUGAUCGUCUGGCAAGCAUUCUCUGCGUCCGGAAGGGCAGGAAGCUUAUACUACGGCUACUGCCACAAUUGCCAUUGGACUCAUCCAGCUUGGCUCAGCUGUGGGGAAGGGUGGUUCGUGGCCUUGCUUCACCACCAAGGCGAGAUGUGGAAGCUCUGUAUCCUUAUUUCCAUCAAUGGCUCGCUGCCCAGGCUGAAAUGUUGCCACUAAUCAGCAUUGUACGCAGUCCACCUCGCUCCUUCUCUGUCACUAACAAGUUUGCACUUUCUGUGUACGGCGCCCUUUUGGAACGAGCUGAACAACUUUCGUCAGCAGCUGAAUCUGUGCAAUUGGAGGAGUGGGCAGUUUUUGUUCAAAGACUGGGAGCAGCAGCUGCUGGCCUCCCAUCAACACCUCUACCUGACAUGCUGCAGCCACUGGAUGGAACCCUUGCUGCAUCAAACCUGAAGCGUCACUGCCCUCCAUGUAGUGGUUGCGAAUGGCUGACUCGAGCAUUUGGCCCUCGGGAUUCUUCCGUAUCUCGCUAAGAAAAUGACAGAGGUGUACUUGUGUCCUGGAAUUUCAUUAAUUCUACUGCAUGUCUGCUGUUUGUGUGCACAUACUUAAUUAUCCGAAGCUGUUAAACACUGAGAAGUCUCUUGCCCAUUUGUGGUUGUUGCACAUUAGUUUGUGUAUUCCUACUUUUGAAGCUGUAAAGUAAAUAUGUAAUGUUUUGAAAUGAGACAUGUGAUAUAUGAGUAAGUCUCAGAGAAAACUAUUCUGGCAGCUAUAUAUAUCUGUAAACUAGUAACAUUGAUUACCUCAUUCUUACAUAGUAAGAAUGGGUUGUACGAUUUGUAUCUGUAAGAAGUGAUGAAAUGACAUGUGGAUAAGAAGUAUGUGUGACUAGUGUACCUGCCAAUUCUAUACGUGAUAAGUCUGAUGAUACUAUAGUGUGUAGAGUGACACACUGUAAAAUUAGCUGUUUUUGUUCAUUUAUUUGAUAGAUUAAUAUGUUCGUGUAUCGAGUAUGUGUGUAAUAGUUUUGUGUCCUUAGUCCAGAAAGCAUCUAUCUUUGUUACUAAGAGAAGCACAUUACAAUCACCCUUUUGGUUUCUUGUCUCUCUAACUGGAACACAAAAGAAAUUACUUUUUAUUUUUCAGAGAGGUAGGAAGAUAAACUGUGGAAAGUUUUAAUAAUAGGGUGCUCGUAACUGCAAUAUAGAAGAAAUAAUUUUCUUAUUCUUGUUUUACAUUUAUAUUAUAUGAAAAUUCAUAUUCAGUUUAGAAGUUACUACAUAGUAAUGGAGAAUAUUUUGUUGAUUACAAUUUCUCUGCUGUUCGUACUGAAAUGUAGAGGCUAGCAGUGAGAAGUCCAUUAGUUAUACACUAUUUCCUGACACCAAGCAGUGGGCUACAUGCCUGUUUUUGUCUAUUAUGUCCUGGGCAAUUUGUAUCUGAGGUUUGCUUUGGACUAAAAACUAUGUAGCUUACAAACUCAUAAGUGUUUAAUUGCAAUGAUUGUUUAUUUUAAGCUUGAUAAAGAGUUUCUGAUAGAUUUUCUUAAUAUAACUAUUGAUUUCUGUCAUUAUCAUUAAUGAUAAAGACUGUUGAGAAGCCAAGCUUUGGCUAUUUUGUUCCAUGAGUUUAACGAUAUGAUGUGAAAGAUUAUGUUGAAUGAGAUCUGAAUGUUCAUUAAAAACCUGGUAGCCAUAUUAAGUCUAUACUUUUGGGCUCCUAUAUAUUUGAAAACUUAGUAAUCAAUUUUUAAAUUGUGUUGGUAAAAUUUGCAAUAAUUUUAGAUGUUCAGAGUCCUUCAGCUUUGAAAAUGGGUGUGUCACUUUCUCAGCUAAAAUGCGUAUUCCCUCAAAUUUAAAUGCAGACCUGAAAAAUAUCAUUUAUUGAUUUAUUUACCAUUCUGGUAUUUGGACACUAUUAAUAUGACUGCAUACCUUAACUUUGUUGGAGAUGUUCUAAAUUUCAUUUUCAUGUGUUUAGUAAAAUGAUCGAAACAUGUUGGCAGCUAAUAACCUAUGUUCAUCAAGCUGUCAGUUACAAAAUAGCACCUUUCUGCGGUUAUAGGAAUACUUCAUUUGAAAAUAGCAUGAAAAUAGUCUUAAAGACAUCCAUAUAAUAUGUGGAACACAUUUUGUGAAUUGUAAUACGUUUAAUUUGGAGUUUAUUUCAACAUAUUUUGGUUUCCAGUUUCGUUCUUCUCUUAACCCCCCCUCACACAGUCAGUUUUAGAAAGUUGGUGUUUCAUAACCUCAGUUCACAAAAACUGACAUUACAGGCUACAAACUGUUUUCAAGGAAAAAAUCCCGUAUUUAUCAGAAGUGUAAUGAGCUGACAGGACCAAUAAAUAAAACAGGUGAUAGCAAAUUUUGGAAACUAAAAUUUGUUACUACCAUGCAUCAUAUCUCAUAUUUGUCCUGGACUCUACAAUAUUAUCUGUGCGUACUUUCUUCAUCUUUGUUCUUUAACUUCCAACAAACUCCCACAAGGCGGUAAAACCAUUUUCAGAUUGCUGAUAAUUCUGUUGCAGUUUUACAGUUUCUACAAAUAAUAAUAGAUGGUGGUAGUAUGAAUACAGUCAAUUUCAAUUUUGUAAUUUUUUUUUCUUAUGUUUCCAGAGAAGCAAGAACUUCAUAGUGUUUUGAUUGUCAAGAUUUGUAAAUAUAUUCUGUGUUUGUUCAGCAAGUAGGCUCAAAAUUGAAUACUGCCAUUUCAUAUUACAUGGCAUGUCAAUUAUGUUAAGUAUAGGUCUCUGUUUUCUACUGAGAUUAAGUGUUACAGAGGUGAGCACUGCAUUAUGGAGGUCUGUAAAUGUUACUUUUCUGUACUGUAAUUUGUCAAUUUUUUCUGGAGACCAAGUAAUGACUUAUAAACUGUGUAGAUGUAUCAUUUGCAAAGUUCCAUUAGACUUUUUUUUUUUUUUUUCAACACUGAUUUUGAUUUAAAGGCUGUGUCAUAGUCAUGAAACACAAAAGUGACAUUUUGAAUGCAAUUAUAAGUGUAAUUAAUUCCUCAAAUAUUUAUCAUAUUAUAGUUUUAUUUUUUUAAAUGAUGGUAAAUAUUUCGCAAGAAAUUUAUUAUGAGAAUAGAUUGUGAUUAUGUUUUGUUUUUAACUUUGAUUUGUAUGACAGGCUUUCAGUAGUUAAGAAGAAUGGCCAAAACAUAAUCUGCUGGCCUUUCAGCUGAAGACUAAGCUUUAUAUCUGAUCAUUUUUCACUACUUGUAGUUGAAGUAUUAUUAAUUCACUAAUGAAUGCAAUAACAAUGUUAUGUGGCUUAUUUUCUAAGACUGCUGUGUUGUCAAUGUAAUUUGAGAACUUGAAAUUUAUUGUACAUUGUCAGAGAGAGAGAGAGAGAAUUGAUUAUAUGUCAGCAACAAACACUUAGCCAAUGGUGAAAUGCUGACGUUAAAGAAUGUGAGGAGAAUAUAUUUGCCCAAAGUACACAAUUAGUUUUAUCUAGUAAACCAUAAUUCCUACACCACAAGCUUGCUUUCUACAUCAUAACUAUUUGUCCCAUAUUAUUACGUCAAUGCUGGAUAUUCUUUCAUAUAAAACGGUAGUUUCUCAAGGACUAAAACUGUUUAAGUAAUUCACAAAUUAUGACAAUUUUGUAUGUCAGUCACACUUUAUUUCUGCCCUCAUUACUGGUGCAAAAUAUUGCUGUUUAUACUUUGUCCGUGGUUAACUAAAUUUUGCUGUUUUUAUGUCAAUGAAACAUGAAGGAAGGAAAUGAUUAUGACUUUGUAAGUUCCAGGGUUCGUGGCACAGUUUUGAUCUUGGUCCAAAUUACCAAUCUCAAAAUUUUCUGUCUAAAAAAUGUAUCUGUAUACUGGACACUGGACUGUCAUCUUUAAAGUAGCAAAGUACAUAAUUAGUUUUGCCAUAUUAACUAUAGUUUGUACUAACUAGUUGGUAUGUACUUCAGUUGUCCAAAAGCUCAUUAUUAAUUAACUGAAUUUGGUUAUUGUAUGUAUUCUCUUUGUGAGAAAUAGUGCCUCUUUCUGUGCUUCAAUUUUUCUUCUUCUUUAUCUGACUGUUAUGAUUGUGAAUCAGCACCACAUCUCUGUUCUACUGAAAAUCUUACUGGAAAAUGUCUACCAGAGAGGUAUUGUUUCGUUCUUCACUUGUGAUUUGUAAGAACCUGGUGACGUUUGAAGAAAUUUUCAUGUUUAAUUUCAUUAAUUUGCUCCAGUUGUCUUCAAAUUGUUCUCCUUUACUUCAGUCUAUUAAAGGUUUGUGUCUACAUAAUGUAUUGAUUUCUUAUAUAGUUUCUGGAUUUUGCAGUUUCUUGCUGUAAGUUAGACACAGCAAAUAGCAUAAUGCUUGCCAAUACUGGUAAUUUAUCUAUUAGUGAGGUAUAAUUUUUGAUCCUGAUGUCUUUCUCUUACUGUUUUGAUUAAUAGUAUGUUUGCAACUGCAUUGUUUAUCAUAACUGGCUCACAUUUAAGAAAUGUUUGACAUUGAAAGUCAUAAAUUGAAAGUACCACGCAGUUUCCUUCCUCUCUCAACUUGCCUUUUGAACCUCCUUUUCCUUCUUUUUUAUUUUUGUGCAAAAUUUCAUUAUAUUCUUUAAAAAAAUCUAGAAUGUUUAUUAAUUGAUAAUUAUAUAUUUAUCAUCCUUAUCAGAGUCCAUAAUUUAACUUGAAAAUAAACAUAAUUAAAACUUGAUUUGAAAAGCAGAUACUACCAGAAUUUAAACUAGAAGUCAUCACCUCUUUUUCUGAUCUCAAGUGUAGGGUGCCACCUCCCUCAAUGGUAUCCUGCAGUUGCAAAUUCAUCCGCCAUAGCCAGUAUUGUUAAAAUCCAUGUACCAUAUCCUGUGGUAAUGUUCUUUUGCUACAUAAGUUUCCCGAGUCAGCCAGCCCACAUACAGUUAAUGUGAUGCAAAAUCUACCAUUACAGCGGACUCUGCUUACAUCAUUAAGGCAGUCAUCUUGUCUGCACACCUUAAUUCAUUUACAGUUUAUAAGUCUGCUUAAUAGCCUGUUGAAUUCUGUUAAUUUGUUGGUAACAUUUUGGAGUUUUUUUCAUUGCAGUUAUUUCACUGUAUAAAUUUAAAUUUUCAAAUUUGGUUUUCCUUUCUGACAGUGGUACUAUUUUUUACAUUCCGAAAGGCAAAGAAGUGAUUGCAAAUAUUUAUAUUCAUUAUAAUUUUUUUUAUUGUGAUAGUCUUCCACUGCUGAAUGUAAAUACUAGAAACGCCAAGUUUCAGUAUGUUAUGAGACCUAUGUUGAUGUGCAAGGUCCCUGUGGUCAGCUCUGGUAAUAGGUUUCAUAGUCUGAUUAAGUCAGCUAAACACUACCUCUAAGUGUUUUUGUUUUCAAACCAGCAUUCAAAUUGAUGUAUCAGCUCAGCAAAUAUUACAUUGAUGGGCACAUCUAAAUUCUCAAUGAAAACAGUAAUAGAGUAAAGAACUACCAUUUUAACAAGGUACUGAGUGAAAAACUAUAAAUGUGUCUUAAUAAUAUUAAAUUGUACUUGACAGAGCACGACAUUUACUCAUUGAAUUGUGUGUCUAAUGUUGUCUUAAGUUCUCUCUCUCUCUCUCUCUCUCUCUCUCUCUCUCCCUCCCUCCCU